ACAGCCAGGGACUCUGGCUUCUCUUAUCCUCACUGUGGGAGAGAGCCUUCACAGUAACACAAAACCAUUUUGAGGUGCAGAGCAGAUGAUACCUGUCACUGUCUUCCAUUUCUGACCACAGGAGACCACAGAGAAAGCAAUUUCCCAGGAAUGGAGCCAUUGGCAACGACCUUUUGUCCUCUGGAAUCCACAGAAUACAGCAGAAACGAGUCCCUAAAUGAGACGACCUUGUCUUCAAAGUAUGACUACAGUUACAUGUCCAUCUGCCUGGUCAUUUGUCUGCUGGGACUGAUUGGGAAUGGAUUUUUGAUAUGGUUCCUAAUCUUCUGUAUCAAGAGGAAGCCAUUCACCAUCUACAUCCUACAUCUUGCCAUUGCUGACUUCAUGGUCCUCCUCUGUUCAUCCAUCAUCCAACUGAUAAACAUCAUCCACAGCCAGGACAUCCCUCAACUGGCCUAUCCCGUUGUCUUCAUGAUCUCCGGCUACAACACGGGUCUGCACCUCCUCACAGCCAUCAGUGUGGAGCGAUGCCUCUCAGUGCUUUACCCAAUCUGGUACCAGUGCCGACGUCCAAAACACCAGUCCGCUGUGGCCUGUGCGCUGCUGUGGGCCCUCUCUGUUCUGGUGUCUGGUUUGGAAAACUUCUUCUGCAUUCUGAAAGAGAAGCCCCGAUUCCCUGAAUGCCGAUACGUGUACAUAUUUUCCUGUACCUUGACUUUCCUGGUCUUUGUUCCUCUCAUGGUCUUCUCCAAUUUGGUCCUCUUCAUCCAAGUCUGCUGUAAUGUGAAGCCACGCCAGCCAGCCAAGCUCUACGUGAUCAUCAUGGUCACGGUGAUCCUGUUUCUCGUCUUCGCCAUGCCCAUGAAGGUGUUGCUUAUCAUCGGCUACUACUCCAACUCGAGUGAUCACACUGUGUGGGAACCCCUUCCCUACCUGAACUUGCUGUCCGUUAUUAACUGCAGCAUCAACCCAAUUGUCUACUUUGUGGUAGGCAGCCUGAGGAGGAAGAAGAGCAGGAAGUCCCUAAGAGAAGCGCUGCAGAAAGUCUUUGAGGAGAAGGCAGUGGUAGGCUCUAGGGAGACUGUUGCACAUUUCUCUCUGCCUUCAUAACCUUCCGCUAGGAUAUCCCAAAGGAAGGAUGCCCGAAGUUAGCUCUUUACGGGGAUAUAACACCAUCAUGAAACCAUUUCUCUAUCUUCCCACCUGAUGGCUCACCUAAGAUUAAAGAGAAAGUCCUUCAUUCCUCCUGGAAAUAAACGGCAAGUUUCACCGUACACACGAUACACUUGGCCACUGAUAAGCUGAUGGGAGCUGAUAUAUUUUUCCAGUACUGGGGGUUGGAUCUUGGACCUCACACAUGCUAGGCAAUUCUCUAGCUUGAUCCCAUCUUCCCAGCACCAACCUCUCUGUGCGUCACAAACAUCGUCUUGCUUACUCUUCUUGUCAGUCUCAUGAGCCGCUGUUGUCAAUCCACUGUCACAGAUAAAGGUAAGAGGUUCCGUGAGGUUACAGGAUAAGGCUGGGGCUGAACUGGACUGUGACUUCCAAACCCACACUUGAGACCGUAAAACCCAGGGCAGCCUCUGAGAGGUAUAUAAACUAUUUAUACUCUUGUCAUCAAUAUCACUCCCCACUUCCUGUUCCCUGGAUACAUGGGGGGGGGGGGGACAUGUUAGUCCUUGUAAGGGACAUUCAUGCUAUCCUAUCCUACAAAGUGUCUUCAUUAGCCACAUGUUGAGAAUUUAUCAUGGAACGAGUUGAGAGCUAGAUGGGAUGUUCCAUCUAUGUCAUUCUGUAAGAAUCGGAGAGAUGGGGCUGGAGAGAUGGCUCAUUGGUUAAGAGCACUGUCUGAUCUUCCAGAGGACCGGGUUUCAAUUCCCAGCACCUGCAUGGCGUCUCAUAGCUCUCUGUAACUCCUGUCUCAGGCAAUCCAGCACCCUCAUACAGACAUACAUGCAGGUAAAACACCAAUGUAAUAAAAAAUAAAUAAAUUGUUUUUAAAAAUUAGAGGGAACAGCCAGUCAGUGGUGGAACACACCUUU